UUUCAUAGAGCUUUUUUGAUGUCAGUUUGUUUUGAGCAUAUUCAAAAUUCGACGUAGACGAAAUGGACGAGGAGACCGAUAAUGAGACGGAAGUCGAACUAAUUUCAUUACUAGAUAAACUCAAUGAGGAGAAAGAAGAGUAUUCGAUAGAAGAGUACUUUAAAUUAAAGAAAGAGAGAUGGGAAAUAGACCUGCAAGUUGAAAAGGAAAAACGAUUAGAUCGAGAAGAAAGUGAAAAAAUGGUGGCAAUAAACUAUAAAGAGGAAAAAUAUAUGCAAGCAAUUGUGGCAUAUCUCAAUCAAAUGCUGUUAAGGGAAAGAAUUGAUGCACAAGAUAAUGGAUACCCUCGAACUAAAUGGCUGCAAAAACUGAACGAUGACAUGGACGUGCUAAAAGAAGAAAGACGAGAGAAAGUUAUAGGCUUAAAGCUGAUGUGCCCUAUUACGGAAAUGAAAAGCCGCUCGGAAACCGAGUUCUUCAACAAGCCCGUGAAUUUACGUGAACUGAUCUCUCUAAAGUUUCCUCAACAGCAAUUGGAGGAUCUAAUACUGCCACCAGAGUUUCCAUGGGAUCCACAAAUGAUGUCCACGAGAAUUCAUUAUACCAAAGCACUUUUUCAAAUGUUUCGAGAAAAUAUUCGACCGACAGUCGGUGUUGUAACCGAUAGCAAGCAACUCUACUGCCAUAGCAUGCUGUUGGCUCUAAUCUCCGAAUAUUUCCAUCAACUUCCAAGUUGUCCGUUGAUAUAUUUGCCACCGUGCAUCAUCUCAUCGGAGGACUUUGUAAGGGUCUACCGUUGGAUGCUCGAACCAUUGACAAACUUGACUCUCAGACAAAUGAUGGAAUUAACUCGUGCUGCUCAUUACUUGAAAAUUAAGGAAUUGCACAGUCAAUGCUGGAAAUUAAUAUUCGAUUCAUUGAAAUCGAUUGACAAAAUCUUUGCUGUCUACACAGUUGCCAAGAAGGUUUGCGUUUUCUUUGAGAAGCAACUAUCGCCAUACUUGAUCCGCAUUUGGUUGCCAUUUGCAGGAAGCAGCGAAUUUGUGAAUCUUGAUUACGACAAAAUUUACAGUCUGUUUAAAAUGGAUAUGAUAGCUGUCAACACGGAAAUCGAAAUCCUUUAUUCUCUCUUCUUGUGGUUGGACUAUGACUGGGAGUCACGGAAAUGUCAUACUUUGGAUCUCAUUAAGCUCGUACACUUUGACAUGAUGCCCUAUUUAUUUCUCAUCACCUUUGAUAGACGCACCGAUGGUCCGCCAGCUCUCAAAUUUCUUUCUCAAUCCUUGGCAAUACAGAAACUAAUCCGUGAAAAUAUAGACAAAUUAAAAAGAAAACCUGAUAGAUAUAAGGGCGCCAUUAACAAUCAUAGACGUCAUUGGAUCUACGAUUCAGGUUGCAAAUAUCAUCAUAGUCAGGCUUGCAACAGGUUGCGAUUUGUAAGCUACGAUGAUUUCAUAGAAUACAUUGAAUUUCUUCAAGCAUCUGGACAUCCCUGUGGUCAUCGCAUUAAACUCUCCAGUGAUUCGGAUAUUGCCUGUUGCAAGCCACGAAAUGCUUCUAAAUGACGACGCCUCUGGGAUCUAAUUUUAUUUUAACAACUCUAACAUAGUCUGUAUAACAUUUCCAUUCUUAAAUGUCAUAUAGUCUUCUUUUUUAGCGCUAAUUCAAUUAUUUGUAUCUAUCUAUCAGUAUCUACUUUCUUAAAUAAAAUUGGGAGUUAAUAACAGCUAA